AUCGCUGCAAAACACGCAACAAAUUAGCAGUCUGUUCCUGUUUGUUACUUUUUAAUCUUUCAUGCAUAAAAGCCUGAGCACUCCUCUAUGUUUUUUCAGUUGUAACUGCUAGCUAGUUUUAUUUCUGAAUUUGGAGUUCUCAGAAGAAAAAUAAAGUUCGAUAAGGUUAGCAAUGGAGGAUGAAUUUUCAAAGCUUAUCAGGAGAAUGAACCCUCCAAGAGUGGUGAUUGACAAUGAUAUUUGUGAGCAUGCUACCGUUAUACUGGUUGAUGGUGUCAAUGGGCAUGGUCUUUUGCUUGAAAUUAUCCAAGUUCUUAACUACCUAGACUUGCUUAUAACAAAAGCAUACAUAUCUUCAGAUGGAGGAUAUUUAAUGGAUGUGUUUUAUGUUACUGAAACCGAUGGGAAAAAGAUCACAGACAAAGGAACCAUCAAUUAUCUACAAUCGACUCUUGAAACCAAAGCAAGUUUCGUAAAUUCAAUGAGAAGCUCAGUCGGCGUAACUCCCUCUAAAGAGCAUACCUCUAUAGAACUAACUGGUGCCGACCGGCCUGGAUUACUGUCAGAAGUAUCGGCAGUGCUAACAGACCUCAGCUGCAAUGUGGUAAAUGCUGUGCUUUGGACACACAACGCCAGAGCUGCAGCGGUUCUUCAUGUCACAGACCAAUCAUCUGGCUAUGCAAUUGAAGACCCUGAAAGGCUUUCAAAGAUGAAGGAACUCAUCUGUAAUGUGUUACGAGGCAGCAACGAUUUCAGGACACCACAUAUGUCCAUUUCUUCAAACGAGAUGAUGCACAGAGAAAGAAGAUUACACCAAAUGUUGUUUGCAGAUAGAGACUUUGAGAGGCCUGAAAGCCCCAAUCACAAGAGCUCAAGAAGACCUCUUGUAACUGUGAUGGAUUGCAGUGAUCGAGACUAUACAGCUGUGACUAUAAGGUAUCCAGACCGACCCAAGUUAAUGUUCGAUAUCGUGUGCAGUCUAACAGACAUGCAAUAUGAGGUUUAUCAUGGCACAGUCAUUACAUGUUCAACAGAAGCUUAUCAAGAAUACUACAUCAAACACAUUGAUGGAUUCCCUAUAAGUUCAGAAGCUGAGAGACAACGAGUUAUUGUUUGUCUUGAAGCAGCUAUUGAGAGGCGAGCCUCAGAGGGCCUGGAACUAGAAGUGUGUACAGAUGAUCGGUUUGGUCUUCUUUCGGAUAUUACGAGGAUACUUCGUGAGAAUGGUUUGCACAUUAGAAGGGCAGAAAUAUGGACGAAGGGAGGUAAAGCGAAAGAUAGUUUCUUUGUGACGGAUGUUUGUGGGAAUCCUGUAGAUCCCAAAAUUAUUGAUUUGAUCCAGGAUGAGAUAGGACAAACCGUACUUAAGGUGAAAGGGAAGUUGGAUAUGUCCCCGAAACUUCCCCAGGAGGCAGCAAGAAGUUUCUUCUUUGGAAACUUUUUCUGGGGACGAUGCUUCCAAAAUUUUAGACUCAUCAAAUCCUACUCAUAGUCAUAGUGGUGCUCAAACUUGGUGGAAUUUAUUCAAGAUACAGCCGAGUGUUUGUGCUUCUUCAAGGAAACAAUACAAGGACAAAAUUAUAGUACCAAAGUCACAUCCUCCCCCAUUGAAUUAUUGUGGGUUGUUGGUACCUGUCUUUUUUCUUUCUUUCUUGUACAUUUUCUAUAGUGUGAAAUUUAACCGAUUGUCCAAAGGAGAGCGGGGGAAACAGAUUGUACUGGAUUAGUUUUUUCCAAAAGAUUUGUAAAUAAACAUGCAAAUUGCUUCCAAAAGAAAUACAAAUUGUUCCAUGGCCCUAAUUCCAAC